AUGCGUAUGCAUCGGGUGAACGGGGGAGAUCGAGAUCGAGAUCGAGUUGCGUUGAAGCCUAUAUGUCAACAAGGUGCAACCUGCCCCCUUAGGAUAAAUAUGUACAUAAGUUUCCGGGCUUUAAUUUUUCAGCCUAAGAAACAGAUUUUUGCGUGAUGAAGAGAAAACUGAAACAUUGGAAAAGACAGGAAAUUCCUGCGCGACAUUUACUUAUGAAAUUGAACACACAAGAUACCAAAAAAACAACUUUUUGGCUCAGCCUUUGCAAGUGCAUUUAUUUUGUUGUGGUUACCAGAUUUUAUUCUGUACCGAUUCGCUUUAGGCUAUGCGGGGCUUAAGGUAGGACCAUACACAUCAAUUUGUAAAUGACAGAGGUGUCACAGCUACACAAUAUUUUUAUAUUAAUUUCGUCAAAUUGUUUUUACUUAGCUCUGACAUGAGGAGCACAGGCGUCUAUUCCACCUUGGGUAUUCUCUGUGUUGUUUUGUCACUUAAACGUUGUAACGCUAACAAGACAGAGCUCAUAAUUGGAUCGCUGGAAAGGAGCGAGGAUAAAGACAGAGGGGCUCAACUUGGAAUCACGCACGCCAUCCACGUCGCUAAAAACUCUUCGAGUUUGAAAGAAUUCCUCAAAAAGUAUGAAAUAAGGAUCGUUUCUUAUUAUACCAGAGUAAGUUGUACAAAUGUUCAUAUUUAGGAAUAAUUUACCAUGCUGCUGCAGGAAAUACAAGUUGCAAACACAGUUGUAACUUGAAAUAGAAGUUGAUACCAUCUUCAUAAUUCAAAUCUGUGCGAUUGAAAACAACGGAGGUUAACUGCCGACUACUAAAGUCCUUCACAAUAUAACACUGAACACUUUUGUUGUUCAGCCUCGCUCCUGUUAAUAUUGUCAACUAGAUAUAAAUAAAAACAAGAUAGAUGGAGUUCAUUUAAAAAGUAAGGGAGGAAAAUGGGCGGAUAAAGAUGCACAGAUAUAACCUAGGCAACCAAGUGAGAAGGAAAAUGCUGACGAAUAUGAUUAACAAUACAUUGAUCUAUCCUACACUCCUGGCAAUCAUCUUUCUAUUUACUCUUUUACCAAUAAUUUACGCCACCUCCUGAUUUAGAUCUGUUACUGAUCGGCAUGAGAGCCCAUGAAGUCAUUCAAGCCGGCGGUUUCUUUUUCAAGUUGUUAUAUUUCUUUGUGAAUAAACAAAGUCUCACAGCUUCCCUGACAAAUACCAGGGAUAUAAAGGACAAAGUCUUCUGGCACUUUACACAGAAAGUGUUACAUUUUCUCUAAGAUUUGUCUAAAAAAAUUCUCAUUUACUUUCUUCUCGACAGGGAGAUGUAACAUCAAGUAUUAAUUCCGCCACUUAUGCCUUAAGGUACAGGAUGGGCGGAUUCCCUUUGCUUCUGCUCGGACCUCAAACCUCUUCUGAAGCUUCCACGGUUCUUAUGAUCGCAAGAUAUUACCGAAAGUUAAUGGUGAGGAGAGAUAAUGAACGAUCGCUAUAUAUAUCUUAAACAGAUGUAUUCCAUUGAGUUUGAUUGCUUACCCGAUGCAAUGGUGAUAAACAGAUCAUUUUAGAAAUCUGUUUUAUGAACUAGUCAGUUGUUUGAUAAAUGUUUGAAUGGCUUUUUACCUCAAUGAUGACACCUUCUAAAUGAACUUAAUUGAAGGUUCAUGAUCUGAAAAUAUGCCAUUUUCCUCACCGUUAGCGGGAGCCUUAAUUAAACUCAGGAUGAAAUGAAAUGAUAAGUAUAAAAGGUCAAAUGCUGGAGCCCCGAAAAAUUCUUAUAAGCGAUGAUCAUGAGCUUUUCUUCUCAAAAAAAAGGCGAAGCAGGAUAAAUUAAUUGCGUACAAAAUUAACAACGACUUAUGUAUGUAUAUGAUAUGAAAAAUGAAGGAUAAGCGAACAGAAUGAAAUUGCGUUCUUACUGUACGUUAUACUGAAUGCAUGCAUCUAGCUUCGGGCGACUCAUUAAUCCGUUAAGUGAUCGUUCAAUUGAGCUAAACGUUGUUUAAACUGGAUUCUCUGAACCGAUUUGAACCAAGUUACAAAAUUAAAGCCGUUAACCGAGCUUGUUAUUUAGUCGUAAGGCUUCAUCUACGCUAUGGAAAUAUCCUUCUGUUCGGCUCAGAAGUAACAAAAUAAGUCACUAUGGUCUUCUUCAUUUUCCUCGUAAUAGGUUACGUAUCUGAAGACAACUAGCGAUGACAGCGAGAGAAGGGAUCCAUACGGAUUCACAUUCGCUCCAACACAACUUACCUACAUCAAAACUGUUUUAAAGAUUAUGAAUCACUUUAAAUGGAAAAGAUUCGCGAUUGUUUAUGAUUUCCUGGAGACGCAAGGUCUUUAUGUUAAGGUAUGGAUCCAUGUAAUUCAGAUGCCAAUCAAAAAACGUCUUUCACAGAUCUGAAGAUAAAUUCCUUCAUCAGCACAAUUAGGCAAUCUAUUCUUUAUGCUGCCUCUUAGCAAUAUUAGCGUCUUCUCCUUGAUGUUUGGACUUGUGGCAAAUCUUCCAAUGUCGAUUUUCGUUCUCAGCCGCAAGAAUACCUUCACCAACGCCAUUGAUUACGUAAUCUUUGGGGUUUUUUUUUUCGUAUUUUGGUUUUCUUCUCCUUCUGGGAAAUGUUGAACUUCAAUUUCUGUAAGCGAUUCGAAUUUUCAGUGUUUUAGCAGUCAUUGUCAGAGAAAAUCUCGACAAACGACCGUGCAUUGAAAAUGGCGAAAGCUUAGUUUAUAAACCGUAGUUUAUAUGGUAAAAAGGGUUUUCAGGCGUAUGUAUAAACUUUGACUGAGUAAUGUGCAAUAUCACCUAUUCACAUAUGCAUUUCCAUGUAACUCAAUUCGCCAUAAAGUAUGUCUUGCUUUUUAACAAUUUUCAUUUCAGAAUGUUGAAAGCCUUAUGAUGAACACUGACUCUACGAUAAUUGGCCAUGAAGCGAUAAAUACUGGUGAAGUUAAUUUUAGAAGCAGAAACCAGGAUACCCAAGACAAGCUUAGAAAACUAAAGGUGGUGGUAGUAAACCUUUACUAGACAACAACGUCUUUAUUAUUUUAUCAACUCGUCUUGUAAUUCACGAUUAAUGCUGGUGAAAACUGUACAUUAUGUAUUUUCUCAUUAUUCUAUCUUUAAUCGCCCGUCUGAAUAGCGGUUUGAUCUCGCAAAAUUUACAGCGAUCUUCUUCCUGUUUACGUUUACAUUUUAAAUUCGAGUUUAAAAGUUAUAUUCAUCAAUGAUGAAUUGAUUAUUAUUUUUAAUUAAGGAUUUAGAUUCCAAAAUAUUCUAUGGGGCAUUCAGUAGCAGAGGAGCGUCGCUGAUGUUUUGCGAGGUAAGGUGACAUUGAAUAGCUUGACUUGAAAAAUUAGCUUGUAUAGUUUAUUAAGUGAAAAUCGACAAUGUUUGUCCCUCACAGUGAUUCACAGAGAGUCUUAGUAGCACAUCCAUGUGCGAGUAAUUUUCCACAAGGGCUUGACUUCAUUCAAAGGACUUGCGAAAAAAAAGAUCUGGAUUUCUGCUUUUAUGCUUGGUUGAGUCGAUGUUUCGUUCAUCGUAUCCAGUUAGAGACCGAAUAUUUUCUUCAAAGGGUGGGGCUGCUAGGGAAGGGCAUAGACCAACCCCUUUCCAGGAAGAUGUAUAAGUAUUUUCUUUGAAUGCAUGAUGCUGUUGCUCGUUAAUUUAGUAAUUCCUAACCAUAGGUAUUCAAAAUGGGUUUGUUUGGACCAGACUUUGUUUGGAUCUUGCAUCCGAAUGCUGGAAACGUCGAUCAAUGGGCUCUGUACGCCAAUGUUGAAAGAUUAAAGAACCGGUCUGGCCUUUGUACUAAAGAACAAUACCAACGAGUGGCAGAGAGAAUUUUGAUACUAGAUGAAAACAUCAUAUAUCGCAGUGAUGAGAAUACAACUACUGCCUCAGGUUUGGUAAGAGUCAUAAAAUAAUAUCUCGUGACAACGGAACAUUACCAGAGUACUUUAAACUAAAGUGGCUUCAUUGGUGAAAAUAGCUUUGUUUGGUGCAUUGAAUGGAUAAUAAAUUCCACUUUUUAUCCACUUAUUCAUGGACAAUGGACACACUUGUUUUAAAUAGUAAUUACCACAUUGAUUAAUCGAUUGUUUAAAUUAUUGAUUGGUUGAUUUAUCGACAGACUGACUGAUGAUUGACUCUUUUUCAUUCAUUCAUUCAUCCCUUACAUCGACAUGCUCAUUAGUUCAAUCGAACAUAGCCAAUCAGUCAGUCACUCAGGCUGCCAGUCAUUUGGCAAUUAUCUAUUCUAUCACACUUCUCUUUACUUUAAUUCUUUCAGUACCUCGUGCAUAUGAUAUUGAUCGUUUGAAUACUAGAUCAGUUAUUCAUUUUCAAAUAUUUGUUUAUGCGUUUAUUGACGUAUUUAUGUCUGUCUGAAGUGAGCAUCAUUUCACUCAAAACUUUAUUUUCUUUCCUUUGGCAGACUUUAAGGCAAAUAUUCAAUGCUUCAGAUGUGGGAGCCUUGAGCAAAUCACAGAAAAUCAGAAUGGCCAUUGCGUUUGAUACAAUGUGGGGCGUUAUGCUGGCUUUGAAAGAAAGCAGUAAGGAACUGCCUCUGAAACAGAAUGUGAAAAAUUUCUUGGGAAAUGGAACAAUAACGAAAACCAUAAAACUCAAAUUACGUAAUGUCAGCUUUGAAGGACUCACGGUAAUUUGCAGUACUUUACUUCUGCAUGAUCUUAACAAUGUGUUAAAAUGUGAAAUAUUGAAGAUGCUACUUCACGGACUAGUGAAAAAUUAUUGAAGGUCACUUUAAUAAAUAUUUUUAGGCUGUUAGGCAUGCUUCGCAAUUGCGAGCAAGCUGAGCUAAUUUGCAUCCUCGCCCUUUAAACGAAUGAAGAAAGAAUACGCUGUGAGCUCUGUUACUUUUUCUUUCUCGCAUAGGGAGCUGUUUCAUUUACUAAGAAUGGGGAAAGAAGUGGAAUCUUAAUUAUAAGGCAAUAUCAAGGUAAGAGUUCGCGCCAAAGAGCAAGCAAAAACUGGGGAACCAGACCAAAUGAAAGAGCAUAAAAUGAUAUUCUUACGUUUUCGGAAAGUAUGUUGUUUGAUACCCUCAACGAAACAUAAAUAGCAGCAGAUUUCAAGGUCUGAUUUGUUGAAAGGUGGUAUCUGUUUUAAGAUUGGUGAAAUAAGCUACUUCUCAUUAUAAUGUUGUGGAUACCGUAAUAGAAAAUUUUCCCUCGAUGUAUGCAAUGGAAUGUACUUGCAAUACACUUGCAAUGCUCUUGCAAUGAACUUGCAAUGUUCUUGCAAUGCACUUGGAAUGCGCUUUCAAUGCACUUGUAAUGCACUUGCAGUGCACUUGCAAUGCACUUGUAAUGCUUUCCAAAAAAAAGAGACGAGUCUGUAAACAUUGGCGAAGGAAAAAAGAGAGGCGAGAGAGACAUUUCGUAAUGCACCUCGGGAAAUUGUUGUUUAGUUAUUUCUAACGUGUCAUAAAAUACAAAGGCUAACAUUGUUGACGUGAUUUGUGCAUAGACUUCAUUUUUAAUUCCUCUGAGCUACGUCCUUCUUGUCUACGAUCCUGACCACACUUAUAAAAAUAUAUAUAUUACUCAUUUCGACAGCCGAUAGAAGGGCGCUGGUUCCCAUUGGUGAGUACCAUAUAAUACAAGAUAAAUUCGUGGUAUAUGAUGAAGUCAAAGACUCUUUGUGGAAAGGUAACGUUGAGUAGUAAUUAAGCAUUUACUUACUACCAUUCGUGAAAGAAAACAAACGGAAAACGUUUUUUAGUAUGAAUUCAUCACCGAUAAGGGAGAAAUUAAAACGAAAAAAAGAUACUAAUUGAAUCUACACAGGAGAGGUAUGCUCCAAAAGACAAAAGACAUUUAAAUGAUAUUCAAUUGUUUUCAAAUGAGUUAAAAUUAAACGAUGGACACCGCCAUUUUGAAUUUUAUGUCGGCAACCGCCUUUAUGAUGGGACGAAAUAAAUUCUUGCUUUCCUUUUGUCUCUUGGUAUUUUGUUUGAAUAAAUUUACGUGAACAGAAACAGUUUGACAGUGGCUAUGAGCCGGUAUACACGGAAAAUGAAAUAUGAAAGUGUGAGAUAUCGUUGCUACAGACCUGAACUCUCGUUAUAUCUUUGGUUAUGGCAACUCAAACUCCUUCUAUUCGGUAUAAUUUCGGAAUGCCCAUCCAGUUUACUUCCUACAUCGAGUUUAUGCUACUUGGUGGGGGAUUUUGUACGACCGAGGUUGUCUCAAAAGAAAGUUGGAAACUUUUUUUGUCGUGUCUCUUCUGAGUAACUCUGCUGAUUACUGUCAACAGAGAAAGGUAUGGCCUCGCUUGUAUGUUUGCUAUUUUUGAGCUUGCUUGAUGCGGAAAUAGCGCAGCGGUCCACUAUUGUUUAUAUGUCAUUUCCUAUUAUUAUGCUUUGCAACUUAAGGGCCAAGGAUGGAACUUCAUCUUGGAAACGAUAGUGAGAUCGAAUCCAAGUGGAAGCAAUUUGUCUUGUUUCAUUUGUUUAUCUACUCAGUCUUCUCCGAAAGCAUAUGCUUUCUUAUUUCGUUGUCAAAGUAACCAUUUAUUGUAUAAAAGUCUGCACUAGAGAAAGCAAUAACAGAAGUGUAGAGUGUUUGCUUCUCUUUUUCCUACCUCUUUGAAAAAUAAUAAUGAAAUAGAUAAGGAGUUCUCGUUUCAGAACACAAAUCACAUUUCUUGAGUAUUAUGUUUUGCGGUGGUCGAGUAUUUAAUUUCGGCAUCAAACGGAAUUUAUACACGGGGCCUUUGAAUUCUGAAAUGUAAGAUAAUUUCUUAACAAGCGCUCAUUUGCGCUUUUCUCUAUGACGUUAUCCUAUCACACUACUUUCAGAUAACUAUCAACCUAUGGAUCACUCACAGAGGGAACUAGAGUUCAUGAAGAUUCAAUUGCCAUUGAUAGCAGCUAUGUGGGGGUUUGCAGCUAUUGGAAUAGCCUGUUCAUCAGGUUUUUUGUGUUUCAACAUAAGAAACCGUAAAAAGAGGUAAGGCACGGAACGGAGGUUAAUAUUUUUCGUUUGCCACUCAUGCAUUUCAAACUUUGCUUGUUUGGAUGUAUGAUCAAAUAAAAGGCGACGAGAUGGGAUCAUAUUUUGGCAUGGUCAGUGAUGGAAGUUUUAAAAAAGUGUUAGCCGUUUGGAUGGAAGUAUGGAAAUUCAAACUUUUCCAUUCAGCUGAACCUGGCCUGAGGCUUGAAUUGGCAUGUUAGCCUCCGAACUGUAAAUAAGUUAUUAUUGAUAGUCCAACUUGAGAUCUGAAACUCGCCAGAGCGGUUUAGAAAUGGCUUUGAUAGCGACAAAAUAAGUCAAAUGAGUCAGUUUUUGACGCGUAGUUGUAGAACACAACGCUUUAAUCCAGAUCAUCUCACGCUUGUGCAGAACUUACAAAAACAGACAUUUCCACCAUUUGUGACAUUUGUGUUGCCUCGAAUUGAUCUACGCCUACGGUAAAAGCUGAACAAAGAAAACCUUAAUUAACACUACACUGGGUUGAAAGGAAAUUGUAAACCUCAUACUUACAUCUUUUAGUAGUUUCGAAACUACUCUUAAACAAAACCAUAUGUACUAAGCCACGUGACCUAAUCAAUAUCAGUUCGCAUUUCGUUCAUUCGGCCGCUAGUCGGCCCCAACACUGUGUUGAGGUAAUAUCGGUGUGAAGCUCGAACACUUUUGUACGGACCAAAUUACCUUCAAGAACAAAUUAUUUUCGUUGUUGUUCACUAACUCGUCACGCGAUGAUUUCAUUUUGUCUAGUGUUAUCAAGAUAUCUUCACCAAACCUCAACAGCAUCAUCGCUAUGGGUUGCAUGAUGUGUUACGCCGCAGUGAUUUUGAUUGGACUCGAUGCGAGGUUCCUGUACUUGGAGGAAUACACCUUCGUUUGUAAUGUACUUCUGUGCAGUGUUGCUGAUUGCGUGUGUCAAACAACCUUUAAAAACUAAAAAUGCUACAAAAAUUCUCAUGUUUCAGGACAAAAGCCCAUUUCAGUUUCCUUUCGCUUGACAAAUUAUGAUUUCGGAUUCCCAGUAGCGGAUUAACGGAGGUGGGUGUGGGGGGGAUCCAAAACUGUACCUUACAGACUCUUGGGUUUUUGACAACUUUUCCAACACCAGAAUUCUUGUAACGACAGGAUCCUGUAUCACUUCUCAACAGGCUAAUAUCUUUUCUCUAUUCAAUUAAUGACCCGUCAGAGAAAGAAACACACGAAACUAAGUUUCAGGUUCCAUUGAGGUGGUACCCUAAAAUGGUCCGCCGCUGCUUCUUCAUGUAAAAAAGAAGCAUUGACCAGCCUUUACAUAAACUGGCGCUCGUCUCUCUCUUCUGGAAAAAGGCGACAUAAUGACUUGUGAUGUGUCUCCGAGUGAAGGAGGGAGGGAACUGCCCUUGAACAAUAAUCUAUCGUAAUGGUUGUAUCUGCUGUUACAGCCAGGAGAUCGCCAUUAAAGAUAACAUAAAAAUUUGAUCUUCGAUGGCAGGCCCGAAGUGCAGUGUUGUGCAUUGGAUACUCUCUAUCAUUUGGCGCAAUGUUCAGCAAAACCUGGAGAGUUCACAAAAUAUUCACGGCAGGGUUAAGUCGUGACAAAAUGGUGAGAAAUCAUACCUUUUUUAAUCUUUUUUUUUAAUUUAAGUAAUUCGUUCAGAAUUCAUUAGAGUGAAAUUAUUUCAAAUGUUUAAACACGUCUGGGAGGGGCCGCUCUCUUAACACCAUCUGCGUAACAGCAAGCCUGUAAAUUCAAACUUUAAAUCAUAUCCCUCACUUUCUUCAUUUUAGGCAAUCAAGGAUAGCCAUCUGCUAGUUACUAUAGCUGCAUUGCUGAUGAUCGAUGUGGUGUUUUUGUCCUUCUGGAUUUUAACAGAUCCGCUCCAAGCUAAAAUACUAACGUUUGAAGAGAGGGUGAGAGAUUUCAUUUUUAAAACGCGCAUUAAAAAAUCGACCAAGAAAGAUGGCAAAUUUUAAUUUUAACCAUGGAAUGAUGAAAUAUGUUAUUCGUGUUUAUUAAGAGUGAAGGGCAGAGAAAAAUUUGAAUUCGCUACGUGGAAUAUGAAUCCCAGAUUUACCCUCUGAUGCUCUAUCGAAUGUUACCGAGGCCAUACUUGUGUAUAGCUUAGCUUUGCACUCCAGCUCUCCGUAACUCAGUGGUAGAGCGUCGAAGGACAAUUCCAAAGGCUUUGUGUUUGUUUCUCCGAUUUUUUUUCUUGUCCGACGCUUUUGACCAAAGGAACUGAAAAGGAAAUAUGCAAUUUAAAAGACUGGUUCAAAUCUGUUCUGUUUUAUACAUGAACAAGGUAUUGAAACUUUAACAAUGUUAACAAAAUAAAACGACCAACACGGUGGGUAUGUUCCUAAUAGGAUUCAUCCAAGGGUCCUUUGUAAAAAAAUUUUCCCAACCCGGCAUUCUUUUUUCAAGAUCACCUCCUAAUAGUGGCCGCCUUGCAUAACAGCCAAAGCUUUUACGUAUUUCCUGAAAUGAAAACUGUCUUCAUUGGCACCACUCUACAAUGAAUACUUAAUUCUAUGCAAGGUGGUCUUAUCAGAAUAUUUCGAUUGCAUAGGGAUGAUUUUCCAAAUCUGAGUCGGGACGUACCGGUUUCACAAAUGGAAGGUGGCGAUUUUUAUUAAACAUUACUCUUGAUUCAUUGGGAAACUAUUUUAGUUAAUUUUCUAAAUUAAUUUAAUUAUUUGAUUAUUUAUUCAGGCCAGCCUGGAAAACCACAUUGUUACUAUCCCAGCGUUGUAUCAAUGUACUUGCAGAUACAAGACGUAUUUCCUUGCGUUCGUGUUUACCUAUAAAGGCUUGUUAUUGUUAUUUGGUAUUUUUCUUGCCUGGGAGACACGCAAUGUUGCUAUUCCUGCUCUGAACGACUCCAAGCACAUCGGGAUGUCAGUUUAUAACGUGUUCGUUUUGUCCAUUAUUGGUGCGUCUGUGUCUCUGGCUUUUGAAGGAUCUGUGCACCACGAGGCUCCAUAUGCCAUUUUAUCAACGUGCCUUAUCAUGAGUACAUCUGUCACUUUGCUUCUGGUGUUUGUGCCCAAGGUAAGAAUCUUGAACGUUCAAAAUUAAACCCUACCAUGAACACCCUUGACUAUGAGGAUUCUAGAAUUGACUUGAUUUUGCUCAUGUUAGAUACAUCAAAGCGUCGACAUAAAGCAAAUGCACCGGUAAACUAUUCAGUUGAAAUGGAUCUUUAUUCCCUCCUGCCAUUCGCCAGUCCAUAUUAGCACUCCUGCUUGGCGAAAGGUAUUGUAAAGUAAAAAACGCCAUGUCCAAAACCUCCACGCAAUGUUUCCUGGGUUGAUUCCGGUAUGGUCCUUUCGAAACAGAAUUUCAUUUUGCUUUUAAAGCCACUGGAAAUUUCUAUUUAGUUUUUAAUGAAAUAUUAGGUUUGAUGGAAGAGGCAUGCAACGCCAGGUAAGAAAUCUAUGCAACAGUUGAUGAGAAACUCAGUACCAUUAAGAUUUUUAUUGUUUCAUAGUGGAGUCGAAGAAUGUGUCUCAAAGACCGAUAAACCUACUAUAUUUAUGUAACAUAACUGUAUUUAUGUAUUUAUUUAUGGCUACUGUAUUUAUGUAACAUAAGAAACAUUAUGUUAAUCGGACCCAUAAGUUCACAUCGUUUGUUUCAGAUUUACCAGUUCCGCACUAAGGUAAAUGAAGCGACCCAAAGCAUCCGUGUCCGUGAAUUGAUGGAGGGGCAGAUUUUUCAUUCUAUUUGUAGAGCAACACAAACAGACCUCGGCGUAUCAGAACUUAAAGGUAAAAAAGCAUUAAAAGUCCGUACUUGCAUUGUGCCUUAUUUUUCAACACUGCUCAAGAAAAUUAGGCAAGAUUCAUUGAAAAUUGCUCUCAGGAUGCCUUCGUUAGACUUUUUCUACCGAAAACUGAAAGACGCUUCGCCUUUCUAUCCCUUUUCCUAAAGGUGUGCAUGACGAUUUACCCUAUCAUUUGUAAACAGCUUAAUUCCGCAAAAAAAUGUUUUGCUACUUUCAAAAAGAGGUGCACAUCUUGAAGUUUUCUCUUAGUCUCAUUUUGGAAGGCUUGUUAAGAUCUCUCUCUUUUAUUACUUUCCCCUUUUAGACAGUAUGUUUUGACAAUGCACCUCACUUGACUUCAAUAAAAGGAAAUAAUGAGAUAUGUUAUGGUAGAGAAGGUACCAAGUGAACGCUCAGCCAUUACAGAAAGAAAAACAGGAAACGGGGAGAAAAAGUGUGAUUGUUUUUAUUGUAUUUUUUUUAUUGACGCUUUUCAGUAUUCCUCUUUGUGUUUUUCUCCUUAUUAGCUGAAGCAAAUGAAGCCUUUUCCUCGUCAGAGGAAAUACCUCAAGAAGCGUCGGACGAAAAAAAUGGCUGUGGCAUUCAACCUGUAAAGUUGAUAUCAGAAAGGUCAACGGGCCAAAAGGAUAAGGCAGCAAAGACUCCUGGGCCAGUCACAAGUCAGCACUGAAUUUAAAAGGCAAAAGGUUUCAUUCCACGUGGAAGCCUUUCCUCUUUUUUCCCCAUUAUUUCGACUAUAAAUUUUUUUUCGUUUAUGGUUGUGACUUAAUGUAACUUAAGGCUAAACUUUCGGUUUUCAAAGACCGCGUAAUUGAUAUCCUUUAUUCUCUCUGAUUUUCAUUAAGUUUUGUAAAUUUAGGAUAGUUGAUUGCAUAGUCAAGUUAUCGCUAAGUUUAUUGUUCUGAAACUUGUCGAGACACCAGAAAAAAGGGGACAAAGUAAAACCCGAUGUCAAGCUUAUAGCUAUGUGAUUUAAAGUGAAUCUGACUAUUGCGAGCAAAUCAUAAAGCGGAUAUAGCUUUUUAUUUCUACUGCCUCAACUGUAAUAGAAUUCUUUAAAGACUGGAGGAGGUUCCACUUUAAUCCGAAAGAAUAUGGCAUAGGGUAAAUAGCUUAAAAUAUGGACUGGACUAUUUUUUUGGACCAUUUUUUGGGCCAUUUUUUGGACCAUUAGUUCUCAGGGAGGGGCGGGAGGCAGAGUGUUAUUAUUCAGGGAAGGGUGAGAGACGGACUAUUACUACGCAGGGAAGGGUGGGAGGCGGUUGUAAUAGUAAACGCUACUGGUUAAUGGAACUUUUACUCGAUCGUACGAAUUAUUUUAAUCGGUUUUUCGACUGACUUUUUUGUAGGUCAAAAUUUUAGCGCCAGGCCGCGGCGUUUCCUAAUUUUUUUGUCAUGCGAAAGCGAAACUGCCACGUAAACACUGGACGUUAAUUUUUAUUGAAAAUAUUGCGUUUACGAUCCUCCACUGUUGAGUUUGCGUGCGCCUUUUGAGUCAACUCGUGCACCAUCAGUUGCUUCACGUUUUUCUUUGUGUAUACAGUAUGUAAUUACUAAAUUUAUCUAUCUUCCUUUUGUCAUUGAUCUUAUCAAACGAGAUCGCGGAAUUUUCGUGAUUUUUUGAUAGACUUCAUCCCACCCCUCCCUCAGUACCAAUGGCGUGCUUUCUCCGCCUUUAAAUUGGUCCAAAAAAUGGUCCAAAAAAUAGUCCAGUCUAUAUUUUACCUUAUGCCUAAGAAAUAUCAAUAGUUCUCUUGUUCUGUCUAAUUAGUUCAGUGUCACAUUGCAUUAAUGCUGAUCUCAUAAUUGAAUAUGUCACUAAAAAGAGGAGGGCCACCUUUAGGUUAACUAAUUGUACCACCCACUGCUAUUGCCAUCAUGGAAGAUGAGCAGAAUAGGCCCACUUUCAUAUUCGGUGCGCCUUAACCAUCCCUGUAAUUCUGAGAAGUAUUCACUUAACGCAAGAUGUUGAUCGCGCUAAGCGAAGUUGGCAUAGAUGACAGUCCUCAAGUUCCUGCCUCCCUUGAUUAGAGAUAAUUGCUUUCGCGCAAGCUAAUAUGAAGUCAUCACAGUGUUUUUUUUUCUGAGUGAAAAAGCGCUACAAUAAAGUGAUAAUUGAAAAGUAAUACUUUUGCACAGAACUGUGAAUUUUGUAUGGUUUUAAGACUUUCAGAUGGUUGCAUUGAUGGUGUUCUGUUUUGUUCUGAGAUGAAACCAAGUCUCAAGUUAGCCUAAAUAUGGAUUUUUUUUUUAUGGAGAAAUGGAAACUUAGUUUAAGUCAAAAUCCCCCGGAUUAGCUUCAGCAACCUUCUUGAACUAUACUAAUCCCGGGAUGUUCUGGUAAGCAGGUCCAUCAGGAUUUGCGAAAUUAUAGCUCAGUCAAUAACUAACUUGAAUACCGCUCCUGGCGCACUACUCCAGAGCUUUGCGUAAUACGCAAAUGUUGGUUCAUAAACGCUUUUCUCUGGACUACCUCGAAAAACACAGGAAUUAAAGAGAUUAAGGCACUAUCCGUGUGAAUCUAUUGAGGAUAACUUUUGUUUUCAAAGAUAGAUAGAUGGAUGGAUAGAUUCAUCAAGUGAAAAACAAAAUGAAAAUUGUUGAUAGCCUCACUCAAACUUUGCCAUAUAUUCCUCUAAAAGGAAAUUGAAUAAAAAGUUAUAAUACUCCCCUUAAAAUUCAUCACAACCCUUCUUUUCAUGAUAUAAAAGCCCUCCCUUACGUAAUUGGUAAUCAAAAAUGAAUUGAGUCAGCGAUAAAGAUAACAUCGACCACCGAUUUUCUUUUACAGUCUCAGGAUUUACUUAGCUCUUUGACCUUUACCAAUGCUUAACUUUUUCUUUCUUUCUUGUUUCUUUCCUAAUUAUUUUUUUUUCUCAUUAAUUAUGGAUUUUUAUCACUGUAAUUGUAUUUUUGAAGUAAAUAGCUCCCUGAGAUGAAAGCAUGUUUAUCUUACUUCAGAUACACUGAUACACAAAUGAUACACUGUGAACUCGAAUUUAGAUAAGCUAUGUUAAGUGUACUUGACUUAAAUGUUCACUUAGACAAUUUCGCCUCCAUUCUCCAUCUCUUCCCCUUCGUCUCUGUAAUUGUUUUCCUUAGAUCCCUCCAGUUGUAAGCCUUCUACAUAUGCAGCUGUAUGGGACCUAUUUUAUAUAUAUUAUACAUAUCUCGACCAUAUCAUGUGAUAGCUAACCAUCUUCCCUCUGCUCAUGGAUAUGCCGAUGAUACACAACUUUAUCUGUCGUUUGGACCUAAUGGCAGAUCUUCGCAAGACCACGCCAUAGCUUCUGUAGAGGCCUGCAUCUCAGAUGUCCGUGCAUAGUUGAUUUAUUACCGUCUGUUAAUCAACGAUUCGAAAACUGAGUUCUUAGUUGGUGGUUCCCGCCAUCAAUUAUCAAAAAUCGCAAUUGAUUCCAUCACCGUCGGUGAUUCUACCAUCCAGCCUCUCGACAGUGUUCGAAACUGGGGUUCCUGGUUUGACUCCAAUAUGUCUAUGUCCAUUCACAUUGGUAAGAUCUGCAGCAAGGCUUUUCAUGGCUUGUAUAAAUUCGCCAAAUUAAGAAAUUCCUUAGUCCUGAGUCCACGAAGACUCUUAUUCAUGCAUUUGCGACUUCACAUUUGGACUACUGUAACUCUCUUCUCUUUGGCGUCCCCAAGUACCCCUCUGUUCCCUCUGAACACCAUGUGAUUAUAAAAAUAAAAGCUAAGUUUUUCGUUUGUCUCACGAUGUCACGAUCAAUAAAUUUUACUUCGUUUCAGAGUGGCUUGUGUCCGGUGUUGUGGGCAUGCUCUGAAACAGGGACCCUUAUUACUACAAGCGCAGGGUCAAAGAGGCAAUUCACAUAAGACUUCACCCUAACAACAUCAGCAGGGAUAGUAGAAUAGAAAUUUCAGAAGCGUGGAUGCCCACAAUCAAAAAACAAAACAACAGGAGAGCCGUGCGACAGCGGAUCGCCGAGGGAGCAAAUCCCUGAUCAGCAAGGAUCGAAAUGCACCAAUCAGAGCUGUUGAGAGAGAGACGUGAGAGUUCGAGUCCCCUGUCACCGCAUUUCCCACUCGAAAUUAACAGGUCCGCCUGAUCGCAGGUUCUAAACCGCUUGUACGACAUAUUUAAAAAUACAAACCCUAGCUCUUUAAGCGUGCUUCUGAACGUUGACAUUCGCUGGUUUGCGCGAAGAAAAGAAAUAACUUCUACAGCCCGCGCUUCAUGUGACAAAGUUUCCCUUCUGAGCGACAUUUCCCUUACCCCACCCCGAGAAUUGUGAUAUUGUCAACAUCUGGUAGUCAACGAAUAUUUUGAAGCUCGCCCUCGGAAAUUGGCAAAGCGUCGGUUCUUUCAAACCUUUGUUCUAGAAACAAUAGAGCCUCUAAGCUGUAAACAAUUAAAAUGCCCAUAGAAGGAAGGUAAUCCAGUGCCACUGUCUACCAAAAAUUAAACACAAAGUUUGAUAUGUUUUAAUUGUAUUUUUUUAUUGACGCUUGUCAAUAUUCCUCUUUGUGUUUUUCUCCUUAUUAGCUGAAGCAGAUGAAGCCUUUUCCUCGUCAGACGAAAUACCUCAAGAAGCGUCGGACGAAAAAAAUGGCUGUGGCAUUCAACCUGUAAAGUUGAUAUCAGAAAGGUCAACGGGCCAAAAGGAUAAGGCAGCAAAGACUCCUGGGCCAGUCACAAGUUAG